GCCGCAUGAACAAUAUGAGAGGCAAUGCAUAGAUAGGUCUUUGUGCCUUGGUCUGGUAAGGAAAAUGGCCAGCGAAUCAGUGAAUGUGUUAAUUGUUCUACUCUUCUUGAGAAAACAUUGGUGGCCCAAUCAUAAAAGUUAGAGGAGAAUUGUGGGACUGGGAGGAAUCCAAAUCCAAAGAGAUCCCCCAUAGAUUUUUUGCAACGGAGGGUUGCCAUUUGAGAUGGCUGAUUCUGGAACACCGGUUCCUGCCAAUUGAAAGAACUUAAAGGCAGAAGUCUAGGCAGAUGAAGGGGUGUCCGCCUAGCGCAAUCAUGUCUUGGAUACUUUCAAUGCUCAUGUUGCUCCGAGUGAGGGCAAACAUUCUGGAAGAUUGGAUAUCCCCACUCUCGCCGGAUGCCUUCUUCGAUGCAACAUUUGAGCAACAAUGGGCCCACUUUCCCCACAACCACUCACUGGUUCCUAUAACUUUGGGACACGUGGCAGAGUGGUUGCAAAGCCAAGGGCGAGAAGUUGAGGUUAUAGAGACUUUGCGGCACCCCGUCUCGAAGCAAGGAUUCCGAGCAUCCAAGCCCUCACUGAAUCCCGUACAGUACAUCCAAGAGGCCUUCUUGCAGGGUCAUUCAAUGGUGAUCAACUCCUUGAACAAGUGGUCAGAGCCUGGAGCACGACUGGCAAAAGAACUGCACAAGGCUUGUGACUUGCCCAUCGAUGUCUAUAUGUAUUUGACCCCACCAUACUCACAGAGUUAUGGAUUCCAUUCUGACGUGAUGGAUGCGUUUAUGGUGCAACUUGCCGGUUCCAAGUUAUGGAAGCUUUGCGAUGUGCCAAGUUGGAUGUCGUUGAGCGAAGAUGAAAAUGAUCCCAAGAAGCUCAAUGCCUCCUGUGAAGAGAUCCAGAUGAAAGGAGGUGAUGUGAUGUAUGUGCCUUAUGGCACACUGCAUCAAGCAAGUACAUCGUCGGACUUCUCCAUGCACCUGACCGUGAACAUUGAGAGGCAGUACUAUGUGUGGUUGGCGGUAAUCUUUGCCAUGAUGCACAAAGCGGUCGAGCCCAAGCUCUCCAUUGAAGGAUUUCUCAAUGCAUUCGCACCAGAUGAUAUGGAUAUACCUGCCGUGCGUUCGAUCUAUAAGCUCUCUCCAAAGAUCCCAAUGCUUCACCGGCUGCCGGGAGCCUCGCAGACAUUUUUGGUGUCUUUGUGCAAUGAGGAUUUGCCAGGGGGUCAUUUGGAGAAGCUGAAAGCAGAGCUGGAGGAUUUGAUAGGAAACAUUCUGAAUGUGUUGUCCUCAGAUAGCAAGGUGGCAACAUCGGUUCCUAUAAACGGCCGCAAAGUGUCAUUCUUGAAGAUCAUGACGAAGUUGCAGAAGAGAUCCCACGAACUCCUUGAGUGGGCGUUGCAGCUUACCCGCUACCAUGCUAUACGGCAUGGCAAAGAGCAACUGCAGCAUGGCCAUGAAUCUCUUUUCCAUUCACUAUCGGCCGCAAGAAGGCUCCAACCGGAGGUGUUCAACAAGAAGCAAACCUUGUCAUCCUUUCCGUCGCUUUUGCCUCCAGACACAUUGAUUCGUCGAAGGCUUGGUUUGCGUGCAGUGCUUCUAACAGAGGCAGAUUCAGCAAAAUUGGUCGUGGACAGUGAGGUGAUUCUUCUGAAGUAUUCGGAGAUACCAACCACAAUCUUGUGCCUGGGGCUUUAUGCCGAAGGUUCUUUACAAGGCCGUCCUUUUACACUUGGUGACAUCUUGUCGCAAAGUGCUGCGCCCAGUGACCACAAGCAGUUGUUGCACAGACUGCUACUGAGUGGGGCCUUGGAACUUGUGAGCUAGGGCGCAGAGCUUCAUCGUUGGUCCACGUGCCACACUUUGCUUCCACGUCCGUGCUGGCACUUCAACUGGAUGAGGUGGCGCAGGUGGACGCAUGGAUUCGGUGCGCACAUCGAGAUUUACCACCUUCGAAGCCGACAUGUCUAAUUCUUUCAGCUCGACAUUGAUUAGCACGGACGCAUAGCGAUGCAAAAAGACCGCGACGCGACUCGUCAAAACGCGACGAUUCUUUCAUGAACUUGGCAUAUGGACUGAAGCUCAACAGUGACUGUUCAGAGCUGGCAGGCCAGAGGAUUGGAAAUCUUGG